CCAGCGGCCGGACCUCGCGCCCCGCGCGCCCCGCGCCCCGCCGGCUUUUGUUGUCUCCGCCUCCCCGGCAGCCGGCGCCUCCGGACCGCCAGCCGAGUGCGCGGGGACCUUGGCUCUGCCCUUCGCGGGCGGGGGCUGCGCGGGCCCGGCCGGGGGCGCCGCCGGCCCCGCCAUGGAGCUCCGGGCCCGAGGCUGGUGGCUGCUGUACGCGGCCGCCGUGCUGGUCGCCUGCGCCCGCGGGGACCCUGCCAGCAAGAGUCGGAGCUGCGGGGAAGUGCGCCAGAUCUACGGGGCCAAGGGCUUCAGCCUGAGCGAUGUGCCCCAGGCGGAGAUCUCGGGCGAGCACCUGCGCAUCUGCCCCCAGGGCUACACCUGCUGCACCAGCGAGAUGGAGGAGAACCUUGCCAACCGCAGCCGCGCUGAGCUGGAGACAGCGCUUCUGGAGGGCAGCCGGGCGCUGCAGGCCACGCUGGCCGCCCAGCAGCGGGGCUUUGACGAUCACUUCCAGCGCCUGUUGAACGACUCGGAACGGGCGCUGCAGGAGGCCUUCCCGGGCGCCUUCGGAGAGCUGUACACGCAGAACGCCAAGGCCUUCCGCGACCUGUACGCCGAGCUGCGCCUCUACUAUGGCGGCGCCAACCUGCACCUGCAGGAGACGCUGGCCGAGUUCUGGGCGCGCCUGCUCGAGCGCCUCUUCAGGCAGCUACACCCGCAGCUGCUGCUGCCUGACGACUACCUGGACUGCCUGGGCAAGCAGGCCGAGCCGCUGCGGCCCUUCGGCGAGGCCCCCCGCGAGCUGCGCCUGCGCGCCACCCGCGCCUUCGUGGCGGCGCGCACCUUCGUGCAGGGCCUGGGCGUGGCCGGCGACGUGGUGCGCAAGGUGGCCAAGGUGCCCCUGAGCCCCGAGUGCUCGCGGGCCGUCAUGAAGCUGGUGUACUGCGCCCACUGCCUGGGGGUGCCCGGCGCCCGGCCCUGCCCCGACUACUGCCGCAACGUGCUCAAGGGCUGCCUAGCCAACCAGGCCGACCUGGACGCAGAGUGGAGGAACCUUCUGGACUCCAUGGUGCUCAUCACGGACAAGUUCUGGGGCCCGUCGGGCGCGGAGAGUGUCAUCGGCGGCGUGCACUACUGGCUGGCGGAGGCCGUCAACGCCCUCCAGGACAACAGGGACACUCUCACAGCCAAGGUCAUCCAGGGCUGCGGGAACCCCAAGGUGAACCCCCAGGGCCCCGGCGCCGAGGAGAAGUGGCCCCGGGGCAAGCUGGCGCUGCAGGAGAGGCCGCCCGCGGGCACGCUGCAGAAGCUGGUCUCCGAAGCCAAGGCCCAGCUCCGAGACGCUCAGGACUUCUGGAUCAGCCUCCCGGGGACGCUGUGCAGUGAGAAGCUGGCCAUGAGCUCGGCCAGUGACGAACGCUGCUGGAACGGCAUGGCCAAGGGCCGGUACCUCCCCGAGGUGAUGGGUGAUGGCUUGGCCAAUCAGAUCAACAACCCUGAGGUGGAGGUGGACAUCACCAAGCCCGACAUGACCAUCCGCCAGCAGAUCAUGCAGCUGAAGAUCAUGACCAACCGCCUGCGAGGCGCCUAUAACGGCAACGACCUGGACUUCCAGGACGCCAGCGACGAGGGCAGCGGCUCAGGCAGCGGCGAGGGCUGCCCGGACGAGAUGUGCGGCCGGAAGGUCGGCAGGAAGAGCGCCAGCUCGCGGACGCCGCUGACGCACGCCCUCCCGGGGCUGUCGGAGCGGGAGGGCCAGCAGACCUCAGCCGCGGCCCACCCCCCGCCCCACGCCAGUCCCCUGCUGCUCCUGGGGCUUGCCCUGGCCCUUCCAGCCGCGCCCCGGGGGCGGUAACUGCCCCGGCCCCAGGGACCGCGGCCAAGGACCGACUUUGCCAAAACCCGCAGCAGACGAUAUUUAACUCUCUGGGCCGGGAGGCCCCGGAGUGGGACGGGGGGGGUCGCCGAGGGACCCGGCUUGUGACUGUGCUGGGGAUGGGGCGGGGGCUUCACCCGGCCCCCCGAGCUUUCACUUUUGUAUGGGGCCCUCAGGUCAGCUGGGGACAGUGUCCCCCAAAAGCCAUGCGUUUCAGAGACCUCGAGGUGCCGCUGGCCGUCUCUCCCCCCAGCCCCUGCGACACCGGGCCGGGUGAGGAGGCCGCCUGGGCGGUGUCCGGCUGAGCGCGGGCUGUACCCCCCUCCCCCACCACCGAACAUCUGGGGAUCAGGUGUCUGAAAGCCACGCCCAGUCCUCGGGCCCAAGAACCCCCAGAGGGCAUCAGGGUUCCCGCUGGGGCCUAGCGGGGCCUUUGGGAUUAUGCAUGAGCCCUGACCCCACCCCCAGGACCCUGUCUGGGCCCCCCUCUCAGCAGCCGCAUUGGGCUGCGCUCCUGGCCAUCGGCGAGGCCCACACGGGGACUUACAGAGACGCCGCCUGUCCCCACCCUUCCCCACCCCCACCCAGACCAGGGCCACGUCCCAGCUCAGGACGACGCAAGCCAGGGCCGCAGCCAACCCCUGGCCGCCACCUGGCCGCGGGGACGCUGGGUGGCUGGGGAAAUCUGAGCUCAGGGCCAGCAAGACCCAGCGCCCACUCCGAGGGCCUUCCCUUCCCUGACCUUGCCGGCCGCAGGCCAGGGCGCUCGACAGUUAAGGGCUUUCCUAGCCACGCCUCCUCUACAGGCCCCUCCCGCCCUUCUCACCCAGAGCUGCCUUCUCGGCUUCUCCCUGGAAGCUUCUGAGGGUCCCAGGUGACCUUCCGCAGCCCUGGGGUCUCUGCAGGCUCCUCCCCAGGCCGAGGCCCACCCUCCUAAGCCCUAUCCACUGCAGGGUUUGGGGAGGGGCCACUCCCUGCCAGAGACGGCUUGGGCCGGGCAGGGUGGUCUUGAGGGUUGGGGGAUGCUGAGCCACGUAGCCAGGCCAACCUCCUGACCAGCCCCUGGGCCCCGAGAAGGCUGCUUCCUGCCGCUUUGCUUUUCCUCACGGGGUGGAGGGCUUCCAGGCUCUGGGACACGCGGGGUCCAGGGCUGCUCACACAAACACGCCAACCGUAUCAGAACCUUGUGCCGGGGCAGGGUCAGGCCGGGGCCUCCCUGCCUGCGGGUAGGGGCCAGCUGGACUCCCGGCCCAGGGGCAGCAUCACCGUGUGCCCAGACGGCCACUCGGGCCCACCCUCCCUUUUUCUCUGGAUGGGGCGGCCCUGUGUGGUCAGUGGCCCGGCCAGCUGUGUCUCGGGCUGCACAGCGUCCACAGGUGACGUGUGUUCUUCGAGUCCUCGUACGAAUAAAAGGCUGGAGACCGCG